CGCCAUCGAGUCACCGCGAAGCAAUUCAAACCGGGUGGUUUCGGCGUUUCCAGAGCGUGUUCGAGUAAUCGACAGAGAAAUGGGCAACGACAAACUCGUAAAACGUCGCGGCGGAGUUUUACCGUCACCAGCGUCCUCCAUCUGCUCGUUCUGGUUGGCCUUUUCGCUCUCAGCACGGCCGAGGCGCGAACUUUCUGUCCUAACGGCUGUACCUGCGACGACGACACUCUGGUGGUCUCCUGCGUGGGCGCCAAUCUGGAUGUCAUACCGAUCGCGCUUAAUCCCAGCAUUCAGCGGAUAGUGCUGAAGGAAAAUCGCAUUAAGAUCGUAGACGCGGCGGCUUUUCAAUUUUAUGGCGAUCUGAAGAAUGUCGAUCUCUCCAGCAACCACCUGUUCACCAUACCUAACGGCAGUUUCGACGCGCAGCGACAUUUGGUCGAGCUCCAUCUCAAGCACAACAAGAUCUCGGCGCUGACCGAGAAGACGUUUCAAGGUCUCAAGUCUCUCACGGUGCUGAAUUUACGAGACAAUUAUCUCGAGAUGCUGAAGAGCGGUCUGUUUGCGUGCCUGUCGAAACUCGAGGAGCUCGAUCUUGGUCAGAAUCGCAUAUUAAAAGUUGAACCGGGCGCGUUUCAGAAGUUAGGCACCCUCCGCGUGCUGUAUCUGGACGACAACCAGCUGCAAACUGUCCCGUCGCAAGCUCUGGCGCCGUUGAACGCCCUCGCCGAGCUGCACAUCGGCUGGAACGCCUUCACCUCACUGCCGGAUGACGCCUUUAAAGGUCUCGAGCAAUUAGCGGUGUUGGACAUCAUGGGCGCCGGACUGGACAACAUCAGCGACGGAGCAUUUCGCGGUCUAAACGCUCUUCGUACUCUGAAAUUAAAUGCCAACAAGCUUCGCGAAGUUCCGACAAAGCAAUUGGCUGUGUUGCCGCGUCUGGAGGAGCUCACUCUUGGCCAGAACUUCUUCACGAUCCUGCGGUCGGGCGCUUUUCAAGGUCUGUUGACAUUGAAGAAACUCGACGUAUCCGGUGCCAAAUUGCUGACUACAGUUGAAAAGGGCGCUUUUUCGGACAACGCCAAUCUUGAGACCAUUGUGUUAAACAACAACAAACGCUUGACCACCAUGGAGGACGGUUCUCUCGCCGGUUUACCGAAUUUGAGACAUCUAAUGUUGCGCGAUAACGCAUUCGUUACGUUCUCUGAGUCGCUGGUCGCCUGGAACGAAUUGCGCCGACUCGAUCUCAGCGAGAAUCCCUUGAUCUGCGACUGUAGUCAACUCUGGCUGGUCGAGGUUUUGGUACCGAGAAACUCGAGUCCUGUGAUAUGCGCCGAACCGCCUGAAUCCAAGGGUAAACCCAUCAAGAGCAUGACAGCUGACGAUCUGGGCUGCACUUUCUCGGAUCCGUACAAGACGAUCUUGAUGGCAACAAUUUGCGUCACCAUUCUGGUUUUCGCCACCAUAUCUCUGAUUCUGUACUAUCGCUGCCGCAGACGCGUACGAGACGCGUUAAAAGACUACAAGUGGAAGAAUCGCGCGAUAUCGCGCAAAGAGCACGAAUACCAAAAGACCUUUUCCGACGACGAAUAUAUCGUUCGUUCGGCGCACGCUCAUCACCACCAUCAUCAUCAUCCGUCACAGUCUCAACCGGUGCCUCCGCACCAUCAUCAUCAUCUUCAGCAGCAGCAACAGCAACACUCUCAGGUCGCGUCCGUCAAACCGAUACCGGUGACGGAACUUACCACUCUCGCCGAGGGCUUUACUUACAUCGAUGGCGAGACGGCACGCCAGAUGCGCCGCCCGGGGACGUUGCCCGUCGCGAAUAUUGCAUCCGGUCAUCGUGGAGGAAGCGGCGGAACGGGAGGCGGAGGAGGUAGAAGCGUCGCGGACGACAGCACGGCGUCACUGAGCGCCGCGCCGAUCGACAGGGUCGCAUCCAACGGUGAGAGAUCCCAUUACUCCAGUCAUUCUCUUCGUCGAACGCCUCACUCGCAACCGCAGCUCUCCGCCAGAGAACCGGACGAUCGAAUGCGGACUCUUGAAUCUGGUCUCCAGAACGGAGCUCCGGUUGGUCGCCAUCAGCCGUCGCCGCCGCCGCUACCCUCCAGGCAUCAGCUCAGCUGCGGUCAAUCCGCGUAUCCCACUCUGGUUAACGGCCACGCUACUCAUCACUAUCAUCACCACACGAGAGAGCGUGACAAGGACAGAUCGUCCACUCGCGAGCGGAAUCGUGAACGAGAUAGCGGCGCGCCGCCGCCGCCGCCGCCGCCACCGAUAUCGUCGCACCGGUCCGAGAAGCACAGAGAAGCUCAUCUCGAGAUGGAGCUGCGCAACACCCUCGACUUGGGGACGUACCGAGCGUAGACGAGCGCCAACUAAAUCACAGACGCGUUACACAUCCGGGAAAAGGCUCGGACGGAUAAUCGCGUUCUCUUUCACGGAGAAUUAAAUCCGCAGAAAAGAAUAAUUCAAGGAAGUAACGAAACUAAUCAGUUCCGGCUGGAACAAUUGGGAGGAAAUUUGAAGUUCCUGUCGCAAAAGAAUAAGACGAUAGAAAAGAAGACUGAAGAGACGAAGAAUAUAUCACGAAGAACGUGACCAAAAACUCGCCAUAUCGCUGUAGUAUCACAGUCACACUCUUUAUACGUCGGUAUCGCGAAUCGACGAUUAUAUAGAUCAGUGACGUGUUGUUGUAUACACAUGAAAGGCGUUACCGAAAGACCAAGAAAAAAUUACAUCGUUCCUCAGCUCCGGAUGAUCCUUAGUGAGUCCACUUUCUUGCGCGAUUGCUCGAGGGUUAAUAUCUUCCACGUCACUGUGGGGAGUCUUCGUCUCUUGAAUCCCAGAGAAGAGAGAAAGAGAGGGAGGGAGGGAGGGAGGAAGGGAUAGAGAGAGAGAGAGAGAGAGAGAGAGAAUGGGAAUAACUUUUACCAGGAUUUUUCUCCGACUUAUCACUGACGACCGCAAGAUCAGCAUUGUCGGGGAUGUGAGCGAUGCCAAACGGAAAUCCCUCAGGAGCGCAAUAAUCCAUGGGAAAACAGUGAGUCCGCACAAUUCUCCAACGGAAAUGACGGACGACGGAGAAAAGCUUGUUGUCCCAUGUGAUACACCCGUGCGCGUAGAAAUGCUUACGUACGCGGUUGACCACUUGAAGAUCGUGCCGAGCUCGAUCGAAGCUAAAGUUCGAUAGCGCAUCGGUCUAUGCCGAGAGUUUCUUUUCCAGAGAAGAGUCUCUCUUUCCGAGAGAUUUGACGAAGUGUCUCGACAGCGUUUCAUUUCGAAGCGGACACAUUUGCAUGCUCGCAAAGCGAAGACGUGUAUCAUAAGCGUGAGAGACGAUGGCGUAACUAUAACGUAGGACUGCAGCUAUAAAUAUACAUAUAUACAAAUAUAUAUAUAAAUAAAAAAAAGUAUAUAUAUAUAUACAUAAAUUAUAUAUAUAUAUAUAUAUAUUCUAAACGGUCGAAUUAUUUUCUAAAUAAAACAAAAAAACACCAAUGUGUACAGAGGCACGACGGAGACGGUAUAGUUGAGCUAGUGUCACGCGUCCUCGACUAUUGUAACUUCAAGACACGCUCUCCCAGGCGUUCGUUACACGAGGCUUGAAUUAUGACGCGAGGAGCGAGAAGUCACUUCUCUCGCUUCUGACAUCAUCGUUCGAUGCAGAACGAGCACCUCGAGAGAGGUGGGAUUUUAAGAAAUUUAAUUUUAAAUUGCGUCGCCGGAUACCUGGUUAUCAAUGGGAAAAGAGAAAGCAAAUCGGUAAGUGGGUAUCUGAGUGCGAUACGAUUCUCCCCUCGAUCGCGGUGAGAUCGAAUGGAGAAACUAUCAAAAAGAAAGAAAAAAGAAAAGAAAAGAUUUGAUAUCGCGCUCGAGUCAGCGAUGUAAGUACGACCGUUUCUUUUCCUGAUCGAUACGUGUGUAAGAUCGUUAGGGAUUUAAACUCUCCCCUUCCCGUUUUGACAAAGUUUACGCGCCGUUGUUGGAUAACCGCGCUGGUUUCCGAGCGUUCUUCGUUUCCCUUUGUUCCCCGGAGGAUGAGCGUCCUUGAGCCGAUCGAAAUGUCGAUCUCUUUCCGAAAGAUAAAAACCAUCUCUCUUUGUUUUUUUCAAUUAUUGUAAGCAAUUUCAUCUACGUCGGAUCAUUUUGUUAAUCCGUUCCGAGGAAAGUUUUCGCUGUAAGCUCUCGCAAUGUGUGCGUACAUAUUUUUCAAUCUACAUCCACAAUCGCUAUUAAAUAAGCGGUGAAAACACGCAAUGUAGGGCACAACUUCGGGAUCACUUUUACUCUCGAUAUCACACACGAGGCAAUUUUCUACGACCGUUGCGCGGCGCGCAUCGAAAAUCCCGCGGCCCUGAUAAAUCGCGACCGCAUUAAAAUGCACGGGGUGCGGCCGGGUUUAAGUUAGCUCUCUCGACCGACGUAAUGGCUGCGGUAGGAAAGGAGCGCGAGGAGAGAACGAAAGAGAGGAAGGGAAGAAAACGAGAAGCGAGGUGUACGGGCGAAGAUGUACUUUACGGAACGAGAUUAUUUUUCCGCCCGAGUGUACCCAGUGGAAUUCCACGGUCACCCGGCUCGAGAAAGGUGACUGCACCUUGAAUCGACUCCGGCGGCACGGAGGCUCCGCUCUCUCGCUUGCCGCUGGGCGUGGAGAGAAUAGCGGAAUUUCAGCUCCGGUAGAAUCUGCAACGGGUUCCGAAGAUUAGGCCAGGAGCGCUAACUCCUCGACACGUCGGAAAUCGGACGGAAAUUGAGUACGUUUAAGUAUUUGCAGACAUGUGCGCGCGCGCGUAUGUGUGUGUGUGUGUGUGUGCGCGCGUGUUGAUUUGCACUCGAGAGCUAUUUCAGAAAUAUCGCGAUUACUUCCGCCGAUUACUUUUUCAACUCUUUGACCGACGAUCAAAUUUGCGUAUAUCGAUUUUUUCUCUUGAGAAAGAAAAUAAACAUUUUAUUUUUGUAAAAAAAAAAAA